AUGAGUGAGCUCAGCAAACCCGAGGAAGACCUUCAGGACCCAGGCGAGGCCCAGAGCCCUGUCGAGGUGCUGCUCUUGGAGGCUGAGGUGGGAGAGGCCGCAUCCCACUUGGCCUCCUACCCCCCAGCAUCCUCCUCCGCUCCUGUGGAGGACUUGCCCCAAGAAAUUCUGGAUAGGAUGAUGACUAACCUGAUGAAGUUCCUGCUCCUCAAGUAUCGAGCCAAGGAGCUGACCUCUCAGGCGGAAAUGCUGAAUAAGGUCCUCAGGGAUAACCAGGAGCACUUCCCAGUGGUCUUCAGCGAAGUCUCAGAGUGCCUGAGGCUGGUCUUUGGCGUGGAUGUGAAGGAGGUGGACCCAGUGGAGCACACCUACAUCUUGGUCCCCAUCCUGGGCCUCACCUGUGAUGAGAUGCCAAGCGAUGGGGUGGGCCUGCCCAGGGCUGGCUUCCUGGUGCUGGUCCUCAAUGUGAUCAUGCGGUGUGGAGACCCGGCCCCUGAGGAGGCAGUCUGGGAAGCACUCAGCAGGUUGGGGGUGUAUGUUGGGAGGGAGCACUGUGUCUUUGGGGAGCCCAGGGAGCUGCUGACCCAAGUGUGGGUGCGGGAGGGAUACCUGGAGUACCAGCAGGUGCCUGACAGCCACCCUGCUCGCUAUGAGUUCCUGUGGGGUCCCCGGGCCUAUGCCUAUCUGGAGACCAGCAAGUGGCAAGUCAUGGCAUUUGUGCACAGGAUCAAACAAAGGGCUUUGAGGGCCUUCCCACCCCUGUCUGCAGAGGCUGCAAGGGAGGAGGAAGAGGGGGCCUGA